AUGGCGGUGGGACCCAGCGUCACGUCCUUGGCGGUGCCCAGGAAGCACAUUGCCCAGUCCAACCGCGUUGUCUCCCCCCGCCCGCAGCACCAGAAUGGGAUGUAUGGGCUGCACCAGGACGUGCACCACUUCAACUCCUUCGACAGCGUGCGGAGCCUGCCCCAGCUGCUCCACCAAGCACACGUCCGGACAGGGAUCAUUGGGAAGAAGCACGUUGGGCCUGAGACUGUCUACCCCUUCGACUUCGCCUACACAGAGGAGAACAGUUCGGUCUUGCAGGUUGGGAGAAACAUCACUCGAAUCAAAGCGCUGGUCCGGCAGUUCCUGCAGAGCCAGGACGAGAGGCCUUUCUUCCUCUACAUCGCCUUCCACGACCCCCACCGCUGCGGGCACUCCCAGCCCCAGUACGGGGCCUUUUGUGAGAAAUUUGGCAACGGAGAAAGCGGCAUGGGCUGGAUCCCUGACUGGAAGCCACAGCUCUACCGCCCAGAGCAAGUGCAGGUGGGAGCCUGUGGGGCUGCCCUGCAGCGCUCGGCAUUGCCACGGCCGGCCCGGGGAAGGGAGAGGAGGGACGGCAGAGCAGCAGGGUCCCCCGCAGGGUCGCCAUCCCCAUCCCGGGGCUCAGCUCUGCACCUCAUCCCAGCACCGCCCGCAGCCCACGCGGCAGCAGACCCCGGGGUCCUUUCUGCCCCUCGCCAGGGCCGAAUUUCCUGCUGCGGACACCAGCCCCUCCGCUCACCCUUCUCUUCCCCUCCAGAUCUGACGCCCACCAUUUUGGACUGGUUCUCCAUCCCCUACCCAUCUUACAGCAUCUUUGUCACGAAGCGGGUACAGCUCAGCGGAAAGUCUCUCCUGCCAGCGCUGGAAUCGGAGCAGCCCUGGGCCACCACCUUCAGCAGCCAGAGCCACCACGAGGUGACCAUGUACUACCCCAUGCGAGCCGUCCAGCACCACCAGUUCCGCCUCAUUCACAACCUCAACUACAAGAUGCCCUUUCCCAUCGACCAGGACUUCUACGUCUCGCCCACUUUCCAAGACCUGCUCAACCGCAGCAGGGCCGGGCAGCCAACCCACUGGAACAAGACCCUGCACCAGUACUACUACAGGGACCGCUGGGAGCUCUUCGACUGCAGCCUCGACCCCACCGAGAGCCAGAACCUGGCCCCCGACCCCCGCUACGCCGCCGUCUUCCAGCAGCUUCGCACGCAGCUCUUGAAGUGGCAGUGGGACACGGGCGACCCCUGGGUGUGCGCCCCCGACGCCGUCCUGGAGGAGAAACUGAGCCCCCCGUGCCGGACGCUGCACAACGAGCUGUGAGCGGCACCUC